AACAUUUUAAACACUUGAUUCCUUUUUCCAUCAUAUAAUUCUCUUCAUUAGCACCCACCCCCACCAAAGACUAAAGUUUUUGUUAUUCUUGACAUAAAAUGGUAGGACGAAAUGGUUCUGAUCUUCCUCCUGGUUUUAGAUUUCAUCCCACGGAUGAAGAAUUAAUCAUGUAUUAUCUUCGAAAUCAGGCUAAAUCGGGGCCUUGUGACGUAUCAAUUAUUUCAGAAGUCAAUAUUUACAAGUUUGAUCCUUGGGAAUUGCCUGACAAAGCUGAAUUUGGAGAAAAAGAAUGGUACUUCUUUACUCCUCGAGAUAGGAAGUAUCCAAAUGGGGCGAGGCCAAAUAGAUCAGCCGUUUCAGGUUAUUGGAAAGCCACAGGCACUGAUAAAGCCAUCUAUAGUAGAUCUAAAUUUGUAGGAAUCAAGAAAGCUCUUGUAUUUUACAUGGGAAGGCCUCCAAAGGGCAUCAAGACUGAUUGGAUUAUGCAUGAAUAUCGAUUGAGUGAGUCGAGAUCACAACCUCCCAAGCAAAAUGGCUCAAUGAGGUUGGAUGAUUGGGUGCUGUGUAGAAUCUACAAGAAACAGAAUUCGGGAAAAGCUGCUGAGCAAAAAGUUGAAAAUCCAAUAGCCCAAAAUAUAACUCUUAACAAUGCUCCCAUUGUACAUCAACAACAACAACAACAACAAGAAGCAACAAAAUUCCCCAGACCUUGUUCUCUAACUCAUCUCUGGGAAUUUGGUUACAUGGGUUCAAUUUCCCAUCUUUCGAUGGAUAAUUCUUUAAAUAAUAAUGUGCCCUUUGAUCAUCAGAACUCAAUGAGCAACAAUGGAAAUUUUUCUGAGACAUCAAGGUUAGGACAAGUGCAGCUACCAUACACAGAUGCCAUGAAGCUUCAAGGGAAUUAUCAGCCAAAUUUUGUGAAUCCAGACUAUCCAAUUCAUGAAUUUCAGUGAAAAUCUUGGUUUGAGAUUGGAUGAGGAUCAAAAGGUGGAAACUGUACAAAAAGUGGCUAAUUAAUUUGUCAUUGUCAACAUAAAGAUAUUAUCUUGAAAGUCUUUUCAGAUUUGAUCUGCACAAGAAUUGUGAUAUAGUGUUUUUCUAUGUAUCCUAUAUGGAUAAAAAAUUGCUUGUAUUCUAGAUUUUUAAGGUUUCGAGAAUAAUUUAUAGAUUCCUCUUUUAUGUUCAAAAUUA